AAUAUCAUCAUUAUCGUCACCAUCGGUGUGUCGCGUCGAUUUUAAUGGCACGACGACGCCGUCGCGUCACCGGGCCAAAGGUUUUUUUUUUAUUUUACCGUCUGCCCGUCUCGUCUCUCGCGCGACCAUCGCCCGGCACGACUGGCUCGCCGGAAGGUUCCCCCCGAGCUUCGGACCGGUCGUCGUCGCCGCGUUUUGUUUUCCGUCACCUUGUUCUUCUCUCUCGCGAUAUCGUCGAGUCUAUUAUAAUCGACGCGGCACACGCACGAACAACACAUGACACACACUGCGGUGCUGGCGGCGGCGGCGACGGUGCUCCUCUAGGAAGUCCGUCGACGCCGACGCCGCCGCGACGUUGUUGUUGCUGCGCCUUAGGAGUUGCGCCCGGCAUAAUAUUAUUAUUAUUAUUAUUAUAAUGUGUACACGAGUGUGAUCCGCGACAGUAACGUAGUAGUAGUAGUAGCAGUAGUAGUAAUAGUAGUACUAGUAGUAGUGAACUAGUAACGACUAGUAGUCGUACCGUCUCGUAGUAGGCGGUGAAACUUGUUUUGGACUUGUUUAGGAGCGACGACGGUACGAUGCUCGGUGGUGGCACAGUCGCCGCGGUAUACGGUACGGUUCUCCCGCCGAGAUAUGAUAUUGUCUUUUCGGAUUUCCAAAAUUUUUUUCCGUUUCGCGGGCUUCCGUUCAAACUCGGACGUACACCCCCCCGACGCCGAUGUCGUCGGCAGACGAGCCUGCUGAGAUCGGGUGUGCAGUGAAUACUCGUUAAAAAAUUUCUUUUCGAAAUUCCCCCAGCCGUGUACCCGAGAUGCGUCUUCGGGGUUUUCGGAUUUAUUUCGUUAUUAUGUCUUCUGUUUUUUCUUUCAUCGUCCCCGCUAAUUUGGAGUUUACAAUACGUUUUUUACGAUUUCAUUCGGUCUAGUCCAAUCGAAUUUCGUUCGUCGGUGGAAAUCCACGCGUUAUCUAAUAUUUUAACGUGUUUUAUGACGUAUAUCAUUUUUCCGGUAGUCCGAUUUCCUUUGUCCCGCCUUUUAUCGACUUAUCAUUCGUGCGAAGCAGCGUUUGUUUACUUCAUUAUCUCGGAAGUACGUACGCACGACGUUGUUCGUCGUGAAACGUGUUUACGACGUCUAUAACGUUCAGUCGUUUGCAUGCUCCAAUGAGUCGACAUAAAACAUAAAUUAAAAUUAAUACAUGCCGAGAGUUUCAAAUUAUUAUCUAUAUUGACUGUGUUAUUAUUAUCUCGUUGUCGAGAUGCACUAACAUUCCUCAAAAAAAUAAAUUCCCAAACGUACGAUAGAGUGUAUUAUUUUCAUUCUCGGUUGUCUCUAUCUAUCAAUAAUUAACGAUGUGGUCACUAACUGCCAGUACCUAUCUCUGGAUAUCCACCGAUUUUUUUAGAGGUUUGAGUUAGAUAUUUUCCUAUUAUAAGACGUUCAAAACUAUUUAAUUUCAAGUUGCAAUCACGAAUUAAAAUUAUUUUAUCUUUAUUCGUAUUCGUAACAAAAUAUAUAAACAAUUCUGGAAAUCGACUACAUUUAGUAGAUUAUUCAAUUUGGAUUUCAACCAGAAAAUUCAAUUCAUCGGGAAUUAAAAUUGUUCCAAUCUUAUAGAUUUUAAUUGAAUAUUUGACUGAAUUUUAACUUUGAGGUCAUUUUUAAGAUACCUUAUUAUUAUGAUGGAUCGUAGUGGAAAUGAUAUCAACAUGACUGGAGACAGCGAUCUAGACGAUGAUGGAUGUUUAUCCUCCGAUGAUUGCGACGGAGACUCCAACCAGAGUAAAAGUGAUUUGAUGUCUGCAGCAAUGGGAGAUGAUGUGACUGCACAGCUUGCUGCAGCAGAAAAACGCAAUAGCGGAUCGUCGAACACUAGGGGUCUUUGUUAUGGUUUGUGUCGAUCAGGACCGGUUGGAAUGGCUGCUGCUGCUGCAAUUGUGUCAUCAAAAAAACGAAAAAGGCCACAUUCAUUUGAGACCAAUCCAUCCAUUCGAAAACGACAGCACAAUCGGUUACUACGUAAACUCAAAGUUACCAUUGAUGAGUUUGCUACCAGAGUUGGUCAACAAGCAAUCGUAUUAGUAGCUACACCUGGGAAAGAAACCACGGGUUUUAAAUGCUUUGGUGCAAAACCUUUAGAAGAUGUUGUAAAAAAUUUACGUGCCACUAUUAUGGACCAACUGGAUACUGCAUUAGCACAACAUGCACCACCACCUAUUCCAGAUGACCCUACUUUGUAUGAACUACCACCACUCAUUCUUGAUGGAAUUCCUACUCCAGUUGAAAAAAUGACCCAAGCUCAAUUAAGAGCGUUUAUACCUUUAAUGUUGAAGUAUUCCACGGGUAGAGGGAAACCUGGUUGGGGCAGAGAAAGUACUAGACCACCUUGGUGGCCCAAUGAACUACCUUGGGCAAAUGUUAGAAUGGAUGCUCGAUGUGAAGAUGAGAAACAAAAAAUUUCUUGGACACGAGCAUUACGACAGAUAGUUAUAAACUGUUAUAAAUAUCAUGGCCGAGAAGAUUUAUUGCCUACAUUUAGCGAAGAAGAUGAAGCAAAAACAAUUGUUAAUAAUGUUGCAAGUCAAUCAAUUGUUACUUCUGUGCUCAAAUUCAAUCCAAAAGCAACUAAUAUUGAAGCACGAAAUUCCCCAGAUGCACAGGAACAACAGCAACAACAACAACAACUCACCCAGGUACAGUAUUCUCCGGCGUUCCUCCAUUCUAUUAGUAAUGUUGAUGGGUCAAUGUCCAUAUUUCAUGUUGAUCCAAAUAACCCAAUUAUUACAUUACCUGAUGGAACUCAGGCUCAUGUUCAAGGAGUUAUAAAUGCUUCUCAAGGACCAAAUGGCCAUACAGUUCAUUCUGUUCAUACCCUUGGUGAAGGCCAAAAUCAGGAUGGUGUAACUGUAGAUAUAUUAAAUAAUGUACCUGAGGCCACAUUAAAUCAAGAAGGUCAAAUAAUUAUUACUGGUGAAGAUGGACAAGUAUCAAGCAUGAUAACAGUCCCUGUAAGUACUUCAUUAUACCAAAGUGUUUGUCAACAAAUUAGUGAAGGAAGCAUACAGGUCGUCACACCAGUUAUGCAUCAUAUGCCCAAGUCAGAGCCCGGUGGUGGGAUGGAUUCAUCAAAUUGUGAAGUAGAAACCAUUAAUGUACCUCAUCAGUUGGUAGCCAUCACCGGGCAAAAUGGCGAACAAGUGUUGCAGUUGAUCUCAUUAAAGGAUAAUAAACUGAUCAAUGCUACAGUUGGUGAUAUUAAAGAAGAAGGCGCAAACAUGUCUAAUUCGGACCAAUGAGAACAACUUCAACAUUACCUGUGCUUUGAUGACCUCGGCAAAUAAAUUUUUAGUAAUAUAGGGUAAUGAUUGUCGGUAAUUUUAAUUCUGUAAUGUAUAAUUAAUUUGCGUGUGAUCUAAUAACAGUAUAUACUUAUGUAUAUCCCAUGUUGUUCUUCCCACAAACCUGUGUACAAAUAUAAUAUAUAUUUUUAUCACUUCCAUUUGGUCCAGGUAGUUUACUCUUUAAAAACAUUGAGUGAAUUAUCUUUCUAAACAUUUUUAAAUAUUGUUAUAAUAAUGUAAUUUUGUUCUUGAUUUAAAAUUUCUUAGAAGUUUUUAUUAUACAUUACUCUAGUGUUUGGGAUUUUCUAUUUGUAGAAAAAUAAAAGUUAGUAAAAAAUACAGUGAAAUACUAUUUUAAGCCUUAUUAAAUUAGCCUGUUUUAAGCUGUUUGAGCCUGAUUUAAUUGAUUAUUUUUGACCAUUUUGGAAAUUUAAGCAUUUAAAGUUUUUAAAAAAUGAAAGUCAUACAUCUUUGUGUGGCCAUGACUCUAAACCUAGUCAAUAUGUUAGUCUUGUAAACAACAUUACAGAAGUUUAAGUUUUUGUUUAUUUGUUUAAGAAAAUAUUCUCGCCCUAGAUUUUUAGAUGUUUUUAUUUUUAUGUGGGUUGUAUUUCUUGUAAUCUGUUUUUUUUUUUUAUGUUAUUUGUCACCUUCACAGACAUUAAUGUUAGAAAAAGUGCAAUUCUGUGAAAAAAAUACCAUUUUUAAAUUUAAUUUUUUUGUUUCCACAUUGUUGAUAUUGUUUAUUUGAGUGUCCUUACCUGAUACAUAUUUAUAUGUCAUGUAUGUUCAUGUAUUCGUCUAUUAUAUUAUAUAAAUGUAAAUAUAUAAUAUGUAUGUAUAAUAUAAUAUAUGACUUUUUAAGUUAA